AUGAAGUGCCUAGCAAUUCUCUUAGCUUUUGUGGCUUUUUCUGAAUGUCUUGUUAAGGUUCCCAUCUGGAAAGGAGAGAAACUUAGAGAUACUCUUAGGCAGAAACAUUUGCUGGGAAGUCUUCUACAAGAACAUCAUUAUGACAUUAGUACUAAGUACACCAAAUGUUCUCCAGUUGUUUUCAAUUCUGGUCAGCUGGCUGAUGAACCACUCUUGAACUACUUAGAUGCCCAAUAUUAUGGAACAAUCUACAUUGGAACACCACCACAGGAAUUCAUUGUUCUGUUUGACACUGGAUCAUCAAAUCUCUGGGUACCAUCUGUUUCCUGCAAUAGUGCAGCAUGUAAAAAUCAUCAUCGAUUUAACCCAAGCCUUUCUUCUACUUUCAAGAGCACAAAACAGUCUAUGGCCAUUUGGUAUGGCACAGGAAACAUGUUUGGCGUGUUAGGAUAUGACACAGUGAAGAUGUCCAGUUUCAUUGAUACCAACCAACCUUUUGGUUUGAGCACUGUAGAGCCAGGAAACGUUUUCACCUACGCAAAGUUUGAUGGCAUCCUGGGCUUGGCCUACCCCACGAUUUCAGUUGAUCAAGCAACUCCUGUCUUUGAUAAUUUGAUGAAAGAAGGUUUAGUGCAACAAGACCUGUUUUCUGUUUAUCUCAGCAAAGAAGCAACUGGGAGCAUGAUCACUUUUGGUGGAAUAGAUCAUUCUUAUUAUACUGGUUCUAUUAACUGGAUCCCUGUGACUUCACAAACAUACUGGCAGAUUUCAAUGGACAGUGUUUUAGUGAAUGAUAAGGAGGUUGCCUGCAAUGGUGGCUGUCAAGCAAUUGUUGAUACAGGUACCUCCCUCCUGGCUGGUCCACCAUCCGGCAUAUCUAGCAUCCUAAAAGCCAUUGGAGUUAAUCCACAGCAGCCUGUAAUCAACUGCAGUAAUCUCUCCAACCUGCCUGAUAUUGUUUUUGUAAUCAAUGGAAUCCACCAUCCAUUGCCACCAGCAGCUUAUACUAUUCAGUCAUAUGGCUAUUGCUCCACUGGUUUGCAAGCAAUUGGUCAGGAAAGCUGGAUUCUAGGAGAUGUGUUCAUAAGAGAAUACUACACCAUUUUUGACAGAGGCAACAAUCAAGUUGGGAUGGCAAAGGCAAUCUAA